AUGUCGUCUGUGGGCACCACGGCGCCCACGGAUACCUUUCUUGGUGCCCACAAAGUGUUUUUAGAAAAUGGGUGGGACUCUUACGAAGCAAUCACUGUGAAAGAAACAGGACUCUGCAUCACAAGAGCAGACAACAAAAUAUGGCUCACACUUCUAAUGGCUGCUCUUUCAGGAAUCCUUCACUGGUACCAUAUAACAACGCUGUUUGAAAACAACAGUCACUUUUCUCAUCUUUCAGCUCUGGAAAGGGAAAUGGUUUUUCGAACAGAAAUGGGUCUUUAUUACUCUUAUUUCAAGACCAUUACUGAGGCACCAUCAUUUUCAGAGGGGCUGUUGAUGAUUAUGAAUGACAACAUAACUGAAUAUCCUCUUGUGAUCAAUACGCUGAAAAGGUUUAAUCUCUAUCCGGAGGUUUUGUUAGCCUUUUGGUACCGCAUGUACACAGGAAUGAUGAGUGUUAUUGGUAUUUCAACAAAGAGCUGUUGGAUUGUGAACAGAGGAGAAGGUGUCAGUCCUGUUGAAAGCUGUGAAGGACUGGGAGAUCCUGCUUCUUUUUAUGUGGCUGUGAUAUUUCUUCUGAAUGGAUUAUUGGUGUCAGUAUUCUUCAUAUAUGGUACCUAUCUAAGUGGGAGCAGAUUUGGAGGACUAUUAACAGUGGCAUGCUAUUUCUUCAACCAUGGAGAGAGUACUCGUGUGAUGUGGACUCCCCCUCUUCGUGAAAGCUUCUCAUAUCCAUUCCUUGUGGUUCAGAUGCUAUUGCUAACCUACAUUCUCAGGGCUCCAAAUGUCAGUAGAAGAAGCCUGAUUGCACUGUCUAUUGUUAAUGCUUUAUUCAUGCUUCCAUGGCAGUUUGCUCAGUUUGUUCUUCUAACACAAAUGGCAUCAGUUUUUGGUAUAUAUAUUUUGGGAUUCAUGGAUUCAUGCAAACUGCAGAUGAUACUUUACGCACAUAUGGCAUCUCUUGGAGCCUGUUUUUUCUUGAUGUUCGGAAACUCUAUGUUGCUGACAUCCUUUUAUGCUUCCUCUUUAGUAGUUAGCUGGGGUAUUCUUGAACUGGGUCCUAAAUACUUGAAAACAUAUAGAAAAGACAUACCUUUGUGGGCUGUUAAAGGAUUCGCUUGGGUAUUUGGAACAAUUGUCUUGAAGUGGUUGAUGUGUCUGAUACUUGGAAUAUCUGAUGAUGCUCAUAUAAGCAACCUGUUGAAAGCAAAACUUAUUGGUUAUAAGGAUUUCGAUACAUCAAUGUACACUUGUGCUUUAGAGUUUGAUUUCAUGGAGAAAGAGACUCCAGUGAGGUAUAUGAAGACAUUGCUGCUUCCAGUAGUUCUUGCAAUUUUUUUAGCAAUUUCACUGAAGACAUAUCAAUAUGUAUUAGCCAUCCUAUGUAAUGAGGAAUACAUGGAAAGACAGGAGGAUCAUUUUAUUCGUGGAGAGAUAGUGUACCACACACUGCAACUUGUUAUAUUUACAGUUCUUGCAAUUUUAGUUAUGAGACUAAAGCUAUUUCUUACACCUCAUAUGUGUAUCAUGGCAUCCUUGGUCUGCUCAAAACAACUGUUUGGAUGGGUCUUCCGCAAAAUCCAACCUGGAACUCUUGUUGUUGCCAUUUUAGCAAUGAUGGCAUUUGAAGGGAUAGCAAAUGUUCAGAAAGAAUGGAGUAUUGUAGGAGAAUUUAGCAACUUGCCACAAGAAGAACUGUUGAUGUGGAUAAAAACAAACACCAAAGAAGAUGCUGUUUUUGCGGGAGCAAUGCCUACAAUGGCAAGUGUAAAACUGUCUACACUUCGACCUAUUGUGAAUCAUCCCCAUUAUGAAGAUGCAGGACUACGAGCGAGAACAAAAAUAGUUUAUUCCAUAUAUAGUCGAAAACCAGCAAAAGAAGUUAAAAGGGAAUUGUUACGGUUGGGAAUAAAUUAUUACAUUUUAGAAGACUCCUGGUGCCUGAGAAGAACCAAGCCUGGCUGCAGCAUGCCAGAGAUCUGGGAUAUAGAAGAUCCUGCCAAUGCUGGGAAAAUUCCAUUAUGCAAGAUGCUCAGCAAAGAUUCCAGACCAUUUUUCAGAACAGUAUUCAACAACGGUAUAUUCAAAGUAUUAGAAGUUAGCAGGGAAUAAUUGUUUAGUGCAGCAUAUUUGGUAACAGUGUAACUUUAAACUGGCAACUAUUUUUUAAAAAUUCUGUGAAUUCCAGCUCAUUAAUUAAUGAGCAUUUUGCUGUUAAUUUCAGUGAGUCACAGAUUGUACCACUAGCCAUGUUCCAGAGCACUAUGUGUUCAGUGGCUGCCAUUGUCCUUUGUAGCGACUAAUAAACCCAUGUCUACAUAGACUUUAUUGCCUUUCCAAAUUCAGCAGCGAGGUAACCCUUGGAUGUCAAGUCUAACCAUAUUUGUUUGGAAAUGCAUUCUGCUACGAUAAAUUUCUGAAUAAAUAUGUUUUAAGAUUGAGUACCAGACUUUUAAAAUGAGAACCUGUACUGAUGCUGUACUGUUUUAAAAUAAUCUCAGUCAUAGCAAUUCGUAUUUCAUUUCUCAGUAACUUCUUUAAAAUUUGCUGUGCAAAUGUUUUUACAUUUGAAUGCUUUUAUAUAAACACUGGCCCCAAGCAAAUAAAUAAAAAUGGCUGUGGAAAAGAAUUCCAAGUUUCUAGGUUGGUGCAAUUGUAGAAGCUUUCUUAACCAAGUCAAUGCAUCUUGGAAGCUAGGCAAACUAAUGAGUGGAGGUGCGGUAUCCCAAGAUUUAUCACGUAUUCAACUCAAUAUCAUACUAGCCCCACUUUCCUAGCAUGCUGCUCAGAUAUGCAGUUUUUAUGUAUAUGUAUGUUUGUGAAAAACUGGAUGGUUUCCACUGUCCAGUUCAUAUGCAAGUGGCUAUUGUUUUCUUAAAACCCAAGGUGAAUGAUAUUUAGGUCACUUAAAAUCUAGGUCAUGUAUUUAAUUAGUCUUUUAUUCUACAUGGAAAUGAUUCUAAAUAACUUUGAACUUCUAGAUGGAGACUGUGUCUUUUGCACAUUCUCAAUUUUACUUUUUAAGUGAUUGCUAAAACCAGACCACUAGAAUCAUUUGCAGUAUUUUUGCUACUCGGUGAAAUGCUUUGAAAUUAGAGGGUAGUUGAAACUAACCAGUUUGCACAUAUGAAACUUCAAAAAAAAUGCUUCUUGGGGAAAUUCUUUGUAUUAUUUCACCUCAAUACAGUAAUGGGGGGGGUCUAUUUUGGCUGCCUUGUAGAAAGAGAGACUCUAAUUUCUUAGAAAAUAACACUUUUGUUACAAAAAAAUAAAAUGCAUUUAAGUGAGCAAUGUAAAAUAAAUAUGAAAUGAAGUAAUUUCAUUUUUGUGGUUCCAGUAUACAUCUUAGCAUAGAGAUAACUUUGUAACAGAGAAACCAAUAGUGUGGCAAAUAUUAAUUACACUACCGCAGUAUUCUGUCUCCUCCUUUUUUCUAAAAUUCAUUUUGAUAACUGCCCUUAAAGAAAUUCUGCCGAUGUACAGUGCAGUUUCAGACAAGAAUUCACUUUGCUGUAAUAAAUAAGGAAAAUAAGGAAAACCUGUACUCAUUAACCACUAUAACUGUAUCUGUGACAGCAACUUAAAGUCAUUGAGAUAGGAACCAUCUGGGAAAGUGUUUGUUUAGCCAUCUGUUUAAUUCUAAAAUAAUAAAUUCUGGUACAAUAAAAUGGGGAACCACAUUUUGGACAGCAGUAUAAGAAAUAUUUAGUUUGAUUUUCUUUGUUUAAGGAGGUGAGGAGAGUAGUUUAAUUGCACAUAAAAAUCUCAUUUUGUCACGCUUGUUAGAUUGGGCCAUCAUAAAAACCAAACAGUGAAAAAUUGGCAUGAAAGAAGCAGGGAACUAGUAUCUUAUUUUGUGAAUAAAUUAUA